AUGCCAGCUAUCCCUACAGAAAUGAAGCAGCACGACGACAUCUUCGAGGACUUGUUCCAGCUUGAAGAAAAAUUCUACGAAGAAGGAUACAAUGAUGGACUACAGGCUGGUACAAAGGCUGGGUUUGCUGAAGGACGUGAGUUUGGAGUACAGACGGGAUAUCAGCGGUUUCUGGAUCUCGGUUUGCUCCAGGGACGAGUCAUAGUGUGGGAGGAACAGGUGGCUGAUCUACCUGAAAGCAAACAGCAAAAGACAGUCGAGCGACUGCAACAGAUCAAGCAGCUGAUCCACCAGGAGGAGCCCACAUAUUUUUUAUCCAACGAUAGUGUGGUCGUUCAUCAAUACGAAACUAUGAUGAAGAAGGCCAAGGCCAAGGUGAGAACUUUGGCAGCCAGCAUCGGUAGCGAAAAGGUGGUGUUUGAGGAUCUGCUCAAGGGUUACACUGAAGAGGAGAAUAUCGAGGAUAACUUCUAG